AUGACGAAGGCAGCUGAAGAAAACGUGAACCUCGUCAAUGGGGUGCAGAACUCCCGCGUUGGGGCCAAUGGCGAGCCUUCGGAGCCGGAGACGUUCUGGAAGUUCCUCUACAACCGAGAGCGCGGCACUGUGCUCGGCCGCAACCUCACUUCCUGGGUUCAAAUCACACUGUUCUACACUGUCUUCUACAUCCUUCUCGCUGGUUUCUUCAUCGCCUGCUUGGCUCUCUUCUUGCGCACCCUCGAUCCGAAAGUGCCGCGUUUCUACGGCCCGGGCACAAUCAUCGGCGUGAACCCAGGCGUUGGAUAUCAGCCAUGGCUCAAGGAAAACCCAGACGCGACGCUCAUCAAGUUCAACCUUCGCGACCCUGCCUCCUGGAGCCCCUACGUCAACCAGCUCAACUCCUACCUCGGCAAGUACAACAAUUCGGAGGACACCAGAGAGUGCUUGGGAGCCGACGAUACCAACUCGCAGCUGGAGGAAGGCAACGAGCUGCCGUGCCGCUUCGACCUCGAACCCUUCGAGAAAGGCCUCUGCAGCGCGAAGAACGAGUACGGCUACAAGGCCGGUUCCCCUUGCGUCGUCGUUUCCCUGAACCGCUUGAUCGGCUGGCGUCCAGUCGACUAUCCCAAGGACUCGGUCCCGGCCGACGUCGCCGACCGCUACACGCCUGGAUCGAUCACCAUCAACUGCAAGGGCGCCAAUCACGUUGAUGCGGUUCGUUCUUUUCCAUCAUAAAGCGAACAAUUGACAAGCCUCGCAGAGAAGCUUAAUGAACACAAGUUAGGAAAUUGAGAAAAAAAAAAAAUUAAGAAACGUACAGAUAUUCAUUCAGAUUUUUCACCAAUCAUUUUUUUUGCAGUGUUAAAAUAGAAAAUUUCUAAGAUAUAACUUUGAAAUGAGGCAAUUUUAACCUAUUGACUUGAAAGUACGCCAAUUUAAGUAUUUGAACAUUUAUUUCACUCUUUACUUCACUACAUAGAAUAAGGUGAAAUACAGUUUAAGCGACAUAACUUGAGCAAGAUUUAUAUCAGAAUUUUUUCUAGUAUUUUGACACUCUGUAGUUUUAUCUUCAACCUCAAUGAACGGCGUUUGGGAUCGUGCUAUUUCGUGAGAUUUCUUUUUUUUUGCACUCUGAGAAAUUUUCUCUGGGAGCUUCUAAUACUUUCUACCUUUGGUGAUAAGAACUCAGAAUAAAUUAUGGAAAUCAUAUUAUUCAAAGUCUUUCGUUCGGAAUUGUUCCAAAUAAAAAUUGUCAAUGUACAGGAGCACAUCGGCCGCGUGAAGUACCUUCCGUCGGCGGGAAUCGAUGGCCGCUUCUAUCCGUACGUCUUCACGCAAGGCUACCAGCAGCCCAUCGCAAUGGUCAAGUUCGAGUCUCUGCCGCGCAACAAACUGGUGAUCGUCGAGUGCCGCGCCUACGCCCUCAACAUCGAGCACGACGUCUCCACUCGCCUUGGCAUGGUCUACUUCGAGCUUUUCGUCGAGGACAAGCCCGUCGUCAAGGCCGAGCUCUAG